GGGACGGCCUAACACGCCGGAGCGACACCAAGCCCGAUUCAGACCAACCGCCAAGCCAAGGUGCAACACCGAUCGCCCAUCCACCAGCCAUCCACCCACGAGCGAGCAUCCACACACACGACAACGGACCACGACCAGCAUUGCUCAACCAUUCCGUCCGCAGUCCGCUCGUUAGCACUACUAGCUUCACCACUCCCGGGCGCCAUCGUCACAUCUCAUCGCCUCCACUGGCUACAGAUGCUGCUGUUCGGCUGUUAGUGCAUUCCGCUUCGCACUACAUGUUUACCUUCUCUGCGGCACAUGCAAACGCACACCACACCACGGCUCGUCACCACCACCAUUUGGACCAAGAACUAUCCGGCGACCACAAGUUACGAACGGCUACUAGACAAAGACUUGCUACAUCCUACAUUACAUUGCUCUCCCAUUUACCUGCCCGCCACGAAACUAGGCACACACACUACACACGCUCGCUCCACGCGGUAUACAAGGUCGCACAAGGCACAAGUCGAAACCGUCGGUCGUCGCGCCUUAUCCAGAUUAAGGUACCCUCUUCAAUAUCGUGGCUGUGGCCCAGUACCAUUGACCCCGAUCUCUGUCUUGUCACAGCAGUGAGCAACCACAUUCGCCGUGUCCCGUUUCGAAUUUCAGCCUCAGCUCCCUCUUCUCGACCAAACCCUUCCCGAUCAAAUCUCAAGGGUCCUCAGAUCGGAAGUCUGGAAUAUCAUCUGUCGCCUCGUUCUCGCUCUUCAAAAACACAUUUCAUCACUGCCAAGGCGUCACGCUCGUUUUAGUCUAUGUACCCGGCCGACGCUACUGGGAGCCGUUAGAAGAAGGCCUUGAUUAGCGCUGCCCAGCACCCAGGAUCGCCUAUUCCCAGCUACAACCGCGACUAUUCCUUAUCGCUGCUCCGACUUUUGCUGUUGGUCACUGCAUUGCUGCUGUAUGCUGUCACUAUCAUUGUUGCUGCCCCUGUUGUCGCUGACUGCUGCCGCCGCCGUUGCGUUGUCACGACUGUCCCUGUCAAGUUGAGUGACGCUGUCUGGCUCGCUCGCUCGUUCGAGGCGUGUUGAAGAGGAGUCCAUACAGUAUCCCCGCAUAACCAUAACCACAACGACAACAACAACAACAGCGACAACAAUAAGACAAACAAUAAGACAAAGAAGAAGCGAAAGAAAGCGAAGCGAGCUGUGCUCGAGUGUAUAAAUCUCGCCGCUUCCAAGACAACAACGAGACCGCCCACCCUGGGAGAAGCGAUAACAUCUUCAAGCGAACAAGAGACAUCGGAGAAAAGAAGAGACAGAAACAAGAUACCGGAGUAACAGCCACACUCGAUUCGAAAUUAGAGUUACGAAAAGAGGAAAAGAAUAAGGGAAAAAAGAAAAGAAAAAAAGAACAAGAAAAGGAGACAGCAUCAUCCAUUCCCCGAACACCGGCCCACGUCAACCAACUGAGGUAAUCAAGCCACAGGGGACUUGGUCUUGGUUGCGCUCGCUCGUGGAACAGGCCUCGCUUUGGUUAGACAGAUUUUCAGGUUGGUGUUAAUUCUGCCAGUCCUUCCUCUUUUCGGUUGAGCGAUUCGCACCAAAGAAGGCUGCCGCUGUUGCAGCUUCGAAACCUGAACAGCCCAUCAUCCUGGUUCGGGACUCCGCAAUGGCACCCAUGACGCCCCGACUUAAGAUCCUGUCAGGUAAGUCGCCAGUUCAUAUUCAGCACUGUUUGAUGGAUACCACUACGAUACGGGUACUGGGUCUGUACAGGUCAUCGAAAAAAAAUGGAUGGAGUCGAGUCGUUUCGGCGCCGGCCCUCUGCCUUGACUUCGACAGUCAGCAACGAGUGUUCCCUGUCUCUUCACCCAUGUACCAGUUCCCACGUUCUCCGCUCUCGUGUCCAUGCUAUCCCUUGUACCCGCUACCUUUUUCUCUCACUAGUGCUUCACCAGCUUUCCGGGACCAGCCAGUCUUGACCAGAAAGAAAGUGGGCUACGCUAUCCUACCCAUAACCAUACCACACACACGCUAUUAUCUCUUUGACGGCCUUCCCACUUGUCCAACUUACUUUUUCCCACUUUCGAGAUCAGAAACAUCUUUUGCUUGACUGACCCUGCCGUCACCACCACACUCGUUUUUUUUUUUUCCUGCUUGAUUAUUCUCUUUUGGAUGACAGCUGCUCCCCUUGCGGCUCUCGAACACGCGCAAACCAGACAUGUCUGAGAGUAAUGAGCUGAUGAAGGUUGUUACAGUGGGCGGAAAUUCGGUUUCUGCCUUCUUGUCAUGGCGACUCCAAGCAACAAAUGCCUGCGACGUCACUCUAGUAUGGAAGACUGGCUUCGAGCACGUUGCGCAAUACGGAAUUUCCUUCAAGUCUCCGGUCUUUGGCAAUGAGCGCUUCAAGCCCCGUCAUGUGGUCCGGACACCUGAAGAGGCUGCCACUCGCAGAGAGGGCGGCGCAUUCGACUAUGUUAUUCUCUGUAUCAAGGCCCUUCCCGAUGUUUACGACCUGGCCUCGGUGAUCGAUUCCGUCGUCACUCCGCAGCACACAUGCAUCCUUGUUAAUACCACACACUCGCUCGGCCUCGAGUCAGCCAUCGAAGAACGAUUCCCCACUAAUGUAGUUCUUUCGCUGGUCUGCGGCGCCGAGCUUACCCAGCUUGGAGGAAGCGAAUUCGAACACAAGAGCUCAACAGAAGUCUGGGUCGGCGCCGCAAACAAAGGCUCCAACAUUCCGGCCUCGAUACAGGAAGACAUGGCGCAGGCACUGGCUAUGACCCUCAGCACUGGUCAGGUCGACUGCAAGGUCUCGAGUAACAUUCGGCAACAGCAGUUUGAAAGAGUUAUUGGCCCAAUUGCUUUCCAUCCUCUCACAGUGCUCUUCGAAACCCCCAACUAUGGCCAGCUCCUCGACAAGGUGGGCGUGGCCAAGCUGAUAUCAGAUGUCAUUGACGAGCUAUUAGCCGUGGCCGAAGCACAUGGUUGCAAGUUUCCGCCCGAUUUCAAGAAAAACACCAUUGAUGAAUUCGGGAGGACGACGGUGGAGAAUAUGAUGUGGCAGGAUUACGUUGCAAGACGCCCGAUGGAAGUUGAAACAUAUCUCGGCUCGCCUAUCAGGUUAGCCCAGGAAGUCGGGGUGUCAGUUCCGCGAAUCGAGACGCUUUACGCCCUUCUUCACAACACCAAUAUCGCCAACCGCAACAAACCCAAGGCGGACGUUCUGGCUCCCCCUGUACAGCCAGCGUCGCCUUCUGGCAGCCCUCUGCCCCGGGGGCCGCCAGCCACUCCACGUGCAGUAGCCAACGGCAUGGCCAACGGAAACGGGCUGCCACGGAUGCGCCCUAGGGGCUCUUCGCAGUUGGGACCUUUGCCAUCCGGCAUGCGCAGGCCUACUAUGAACGGCGGUGGACCGCCACCUAACGGAUACCCUAGACCACCAACCGGUGGGAGCCGGCAGCCGUCGAGGAGGGGGUCAAUGGAAGGAGCUGACUUGGAGGAGUUUAGCCAUCUGGUGCUAUACGACGACAUUCCAGAAGCUGGCGAGGGUGGUUAUUCGCCGCAGGAUUUGGCCUUGCGGGAAAGGGAGUUGCAGCUGCGGCAGCGGGAGCUCGCCUUGAGAGAGCAGGAAUUGAGGCUCAGACGUGCUGCUGCUGCUGGCGGUCCCCCGCCGGGAUCCAGAAGGGGCCCUCCACCACCGAGGUUUAACGGCGGCUUUGAUGAUGACGAUGAUGACGACGAUUACUAUGACCCGGCUUCUGCGCCUCCCGUGCCAUUGAUCGAUCCCGACAACUUUGACAUGAUGAGCGUCACUUCCAAGAAGACCCGGAAAGCGCCUAGCGACGUGCACCAAUUGCGCAAGAACCCCGAGUCUGGUGCGCCUGUUUCCAGGAGUAGUAGGUUCAAGCCGAAGUUUGGGCGGAACCGAUCGAGCCAUAUCGUCGCCGACAUUCCGGGGUUGCACGACGACAUUUUGGACGAUCCGUUGAUGAGCUUCACCUCAAAUCGGUAUGGCGAAGUGGACCGGAGAGUGAUACAUGCGGAAUCGAGGACAAACUCCUUGACGGCCGCCCGUCUGGAUGAGCUGCAGUACACUCAGGGCCCUCCGCCACUCGGAGGCAUGCCGAGGCGCGCCAGCCAAUCACCAGGGAACCCAUACAGCCCAUCCAUGAGGGGCGGUAGCGGUCGCCCUUCUCCACCAAACGGGUACAGCGCGCCAUACAUGAACGGCGGCGGGCGCCCGUCGCCUCCGGAUGGAAUGCGGCAACCCAUGCCCCGUUAUCCCCCAGGACACGGAAACGCGGUCGUGCCGCAGCAUGUGGAACAGCAUGUCGGGGUGAGCGCCCUCCACCCACCAGAGACCAUGAUGUCCAAAAAUGUUCGAAGUCUGACUGGUAGUGCAAGCGCCAGCGCGGCGAGUGGUGAUUCUACACAUCAGCUCGAGUCAUCGGAACCUUCGGCGCACAGCAGCCAGAGUAGCCUUGGACCUCGUCCGCCCAUUGGAGUGCGUUAAGCACAUACGGAACGGGGUUUGGAUUUGAUGAGGAGUCUGUUACGUGAGAAGUACCGGUGGUGCAAGAAGCAUUUGCCAUUUAUAAACGAGCUGGCUACUACCCUUUUUGUCUCCCGAAUCUUUAUCCCUUCUCAUCAGACAACAUAAUUUAGUCCCACUUAUCGAUAUCCCCUUUUUCAGCGCAGCAGCCAAAGACGGAGGAAGAAAGAAGAAGAGGAGGCGAAGAAAAGCAUUGAUUCAGUUUACUUAAUGAUACGUAUGGGUGAGGGACACGAAACACUAUUUGGUUAGAAGAAAAGGCGUGUAUCGUGUGCGAUGAAAGAAAGGGACGCGUGAAGGAUCAUUAUGGACUUGAUUGGCAGGCGGCAGUUAUCAACUUUUUCUUUUGUCCUUUCUUUUCUCCGAGGUUUUCUUCUGUUAAACUUUUCAUCGAACUGGACAAACAAACGAGACGAGACGCGAAUAAAACAAGCAGUUAUCCUACCUUUCGUAUCCUAUCCCACGGUUUCGCCAUCUUUCGUUCCACUCGCAACUCAAAUCUCGCAUGGUUUAUGCGACGACAACAGGUUUUUCACUUGGACCCUAAGGGCAAGUCACUGUCAACAGACGCACGUCGCUGCCAGCCUCUUGAGCACACGCAAAGUAAACGAUGCACGCUGAGGAUGAAAUGGAGGAAGUCGAAGCCAGAGCGGAGACGACAGGAUGAGAUGGAUGGAAGGGACGAUACGGCGGAAAAUAAACACUCACUGAUCAGACUCAUCAGACGAGGAUGAAGGAAAAACGACGACGGACAGAGACAGCAGCCCAGGACUUGACAGAUCGUCUUUCUCUUUUUUGGUUUAUUUUUCUUUUGUUUCGCUUCUCUCUCUUCUCAUCAAAACUCGAGGUUUUUGUUUCUCAUCUUAUAAAGGCGGGUUGGCGUAACUUGUUCUAGUGGCCUCCUUUUUGUAUAGUUUUACAUGAGUGGGGGAAAGAAAAAUGUAGAUAUUGGCGAACCACUCAAAGCAUAAGGCAGAAGCUAGCUAGCUAGCUCGUUGACCGUAUCGUAAUGAUAGUUUUUAAAACAUCACCUCACCUCA